CUCAAGGGCGUUUUCCCCAAGGCCCGGUAAGAAUAAGACUAUCAAGAAUCUACACUAAUGGGGAUCGACUUAGCCACACAUCACCGCAAGAAGGGGAGCCGUACUGCCCCGGCCAGUGAGGACCCUUACCUCCUUCUACUCGUCAAGUUGUACCGUUUCUUGGCCCGUAGGACGGAUUCGAACUUCAACAAGGUCAUUCUCCACCGCCUCUUCCUUUCCAAGAUCAACCGUCCCCCCAUCUCCCUUUCCCGCAUCAUGAAAGAAACCGCCAGCACCCCCGAUUUGUCCUCGAAAUGCAUCGUUGUGGUUGGCACAGUCACCGAUGAUGUCCGUCUGUUGGAGAUCCCCAAAAUGUCGAUCGCCGCUCUCAAGUUCACUAGUUCGGCAAGGGCCCGUAUCUUGAAAAGUGGCGGUGAAGCCUUGACCCUCGACCAGCUCGCGUUAAGAGCACCCACUGGUUCCAACACCGUCCUUCUUCGAGGAAAGAGGAACACCCGUGAGGCCGUUAAACACUUUGGAAUGGGCCCCCACAAAAACAAGAAGCCCUACACCAUAUCCAAGGGCCGCAAAUUUGAGCAAGCUCGUGGUCGCCGAAAGUCCCGUGGUUUCAAGGUAUAAAAGACCUACAUCGUGGAUAUCUGGUCAAGAAGGUGGCAGGCUGGGAGUUCGAUGGUGGCUGUUUCUGCUGUUUUUCUAUGCAAUGCAAAAUUUCAUGUCAUGAAUACGGCUGCACGCUAUGCAAGAUUCACUACAUGUGUUGUUGGAAUACCUCACGUCAGGACGAGGAAUUUAUAGUUAUGAAAUCACAAAUUGUAAGUGUCGACAAGAUGGGUAUUAUCUACUUCGGAUACACAUCC